AUGGCGGCGGUCUUGUCUGCGUCGGCCAAUGCAGCAAGCUGUCAGAUCUCAGCUUACUCCUGCCUCGCCUCGAACUCUGCGGCUUCUGCAUACUGCACAUCAGCACUCGGCGUUGCAACAGAAGGAGUAGUAACCGUUCUGGACGUUAUUUCGAGAACAACUACCCUCACAGAUGUUCCUACCAGCACGAUCACCAUCACCUCGACUGACUUGAUUGUCUCCAAGACUACCUCGACGACGUUCACGACAUCUUCCGCUAAGGCGAGUAAACGACGUAGAGGAACAGAACCAUGUGACACAGCCGAAGACAUACUGUCUGGAUUGGACAAGUCAGAGCUGUCAGAGGCAUGCUCUUGUAUCGGAGCAUUGCCGUCCAGCGAAGCCAGUCUCCUUCCUGCGGAGCCAUCGACCACGACACUGACUGGCGAAGUAUGGUUCACCGUGGUCCCUGAAGUCACGACUUCAAUCACGCAGACUAUAACGACCACAUCUAUCUCAACAGUCAAGAAGCCAAAGCCUUCUUUCACUCAAGUCUGGGGACCUAAAGUUGGCUGUGAUGAUGUUGGCAUGAAGUCUACACAAACCUUCAUGCUCUCAACGCUCAACGAGUCUCAAGUCACGGACAUCUGCAAAGGCACCUGCAUCAAAAAACCAGAUUGCAUGUUUUUGAUGGUGCAGUCGAUUUAUCCAGCGAACCACUUUUGGAACUGUUACUACAACGACCACACGUUCAAUGAGAAGAAGGAUCUCAAUUGCAGCAAAGACACGUCGAUCUGGGGUACGGCCAAAGGUUACAAUGUCAUCGGGCGAGGUUGA